GCCGGAAGCAGUUCAAAAUUGGAAAUGGAACUUUUAACGAGUUCUCUUCAUUUUGGUCAAAAUCGCCGCUUCAGCAACGUUUAGUAUGUAUAUGGCAAUCAAAUUGCGUUAAGUAUCAACAGUUGUUUGGAAUCCGAGAGGACAUAUUUGGAAGAAAACAGUCUGUUUUACUUUAUAAACGGUAGAAACACCAGGAUCUUUUUCAGAACUUAGCAAGCUCAAGUGUACAGUUGCAAAUACAUGCAGAUUGGUGGUCUGUUGAAUCUAGCAUGUACAGUUAAUCGAUCUAUUUGUCGAGGAUAGUGGAAAGUCUUUUUAACUUUGUAAACAAAGAUAGCUUUUGGAUUAUAUAACUGUAAAUCAUGCCUUCCAAAAAGCAGUAUGAUUUGGUCUCGGACGAUGGCUAUGACACCAGAAUUCCACUUCAUAAUGAAGAGGCUUUUCAACAUGGACUCGGAUUUCAAGCAAAGUACAUUGGGACUUUGGAUGUGCCACGCCCAAGUAGCAGAGUCGAGAUAGUUGCAGCCAUGCGAAGAAUACGGUAUGAAUUCAAAGCAAAGGCCAUCAAGAAGAAGAAGGUGCUUAUCUCGAUCUCAGUAGAUGGGGUAAAAGUAGUUUUGCGGAAGAAGAAAAAGGUACGGGAACGGGAUGCAGAUAUAUUAUUGAAGAACCAAUGGGCAUAUGAUGAAAACAGAAUGCUCGUUAUGGUCCAUCCAAUUUACAGGAUCUUCUAUGUAUCACAUGACUCGCAAGACCUCAAGAUAUUCAGUUAUAUCGCCCGGGAUGCAGCUACAAAUGUUUUCAAGUGCAAUGUUUUCAAAUCCUAUAAAAAGAGUCAAGCCAUGCGUAUUGUACGGACAGUAGGCCAGGCAUUUGAGGUAUGUCACAAGAUCAGCGCAGUGGAGCCAGCAAAACGUGAAGAAGACGCAUCAUCAGAAGAGAAUGAGAGAAAAGUACAGCCAAAUACAACAGACCAGCAGCCGUCUACACAGCAGCCAAAUAUUCCAGUGGACCCCAAUGACAGUAGAGAAGACAACAAUGAGACAGAGCGUGCAUUUGAACAGGCAACAGCGCUCUUAGAAUCUGUAGGUUCACCCCCUCAACAGCUCUUACAAUCUGUGGGCUCACCCCCUCAGGUGGGAGCAACUAUAUCAUCACCAAUAGGUGGCACACCUCACAUGUUGACGCAAAGUUAUGUACCUGAUGCACAGACACCAUUGAGUACACAUCAUCAGAUACAGUUGCUAAGACAACAACUUGAGCAGCAAACACAACAAACCCAGGUUGCGAUAGCACAGGUACAGCUAUUGAAAGACCAGCUUUCUGCAGAAUCAGCUGCCAGAAUUGAGGCACAGGCCCGUACACACCAGUUGUUGCUACACAACAGAGACCUUUUGGAACACAUCAAUCAACUGGUUGCUAGGAUACAGGAACUGGAAAUGAGACCAGCAGCCGACAGGAAGAUGCCAUCCAUAUUGGAAAAGUUUGAAGCACUACAGGCGAUGACACCACAGAUUCCAGUGUUGACAGAUCCAAAUACCCCUGAGUGUCAACCAGUCCACAUCCCAACCUUCAAGGAGAUUGAGGCCCAACAUUUACAGGCCAGCGCAGAAAAUGCAACAUUUGAGAACACAAACAUCAAGUCAGACUACACAGAAUCACCAGAUAGCGGCCACAAGGAGAUGUCAUCAGAUAGUCUCUCAUAUAGCAUGAGUCAGUCAGAUACAAAUGGUGGGAGUAACAGCCAAGGGUGGUAUACACCGUCUAGUCGGAUUACAGGUCAGGGUGGAGUAGGUGCAGGGGGGGACAGUCUCUUCUACCAGAGUUAUACAUACCAUACUCCUGUGGUUAAUAGCUCGGGGGAUAGAGUCCUUGGGGGACCAAAAUAUGGACAGACACCUACGCAUAGUGACCCCUCUCAGAGGGAUACACAAGGAUAUGGAAAAAGACUUUCAACUGAUGGCGAGAAAAAAGCUUUAAACACAAACAAUGGAGGUGUGGAUAAUGGACAAAAAAUAAUUGUGCCAUGUCCGUCCCAGGAUGCUAGCGGCAAUAGACUAAACCUGAAUUUAACCCCAAAAAUUAAUCCCCCACCUCCUAACUCUAGGAGAUCACCCAGGAAUUCUCAGGCAAGUUCUGGGUCUAGUGAUGAGGGUAACAAAAGAGACAGCUACAACAGCGGACAUACAGAAAGUUCUGUUGACAUUAUGAGGCUCUCCAGCCAAUCAAAUGGCUCGGCGGUAACCAUACAACUUGAGGAACGUAAAAAUACAGACGAUUGUGAAAAAAGUGCAAAUAAUUCAACUGAAACUCAUGAUAGCAUUAUAAGCGUGAAAAAUCUCAGCAAAAGUCCAGGAGAUGUAUAUUCUAAAAGGGAUCAGGCAAAUUCAGUUCCGCAAAAGUCAAACAAUUCUUUAGUUGAUAAAAUCAAAGUUCCUCUCGCUAGUAUAUCUGACGAAGAGAACACAGAAGCAUCUGAUGAUUCUGGUGUCCCAACACAGCCAAGAAGACUUGACUCUAUGACUUUUGAUGAAUUUGAAGCUCUUACACCAUGA